UCCUCUCCCGCCCCGUCGUCGAGAUACGCAUCCGUCGUUCUGAAGAGAAGGCCAGAAACUGCACCUCCUCAUAGAGUAUCCCCAUAGAGGGCGGCCGCCCGUCCGUCCAACCCAUCUCCUUGCCUCCUCUCACCCUGCAACCAGAGUCAUGACUUCCGAGUCAACCUACCCCAUAAAAAUCCAUAUGAACAGCAGGGGAAAGCCACACCACCCUGUGCGUUCACCGCCGAAGCAAAGGCCGUCCGUCAUGGCGAGCCACAACCCCUUCGAUCCAUACCAUACUUCCUCGCACCUGAAUCUUUCCGACACCUGUGGCUCGGGGGCUCGACCGCUGCACCAGGAAUCCACGUUCUGUUCAAAGGCCGAGCCCUGGCAUACCCCUAGCCGCUCACUCUACGACGCGCUCGAAGACUUGAUGUGGUCCCGCUCGGUCUUCACGAGCCCCACCAAGCCAGCGCUCUAUCCACCACCGGCAUUGAAUUCGGCCGACAUCGUCGGCCAAUUCAGCCCAUGGAGAGCACGCUGGGACGCUUCAUUUAUGCACGGGAUCGUGCCUGCAUCUGAGCAUCCGCAUUCUUGUCACAAGCCACCUGCCUAUCGAUCUGAAUCGAGGGUGGUGCCCGUCGAAUACCCUGUUGUGCCAGAGCCCGAGCGCUCUCCCGUCUAUGACACGCCAGACGAUCUGCAUCUGCGGAUAGAGGCGGCGCUGUCAAAGUACAUUGAUGAUCCAGCGGAUCCGGAUGACGAGCGGCUCUCGGACUCGUUGCUCGGCUCGAGCACGCAACUUUUGUCGCCCGACAUGUCCUUCGCCAUCUCAUCCGACCUGCUCUCGCCCAGUCUGGAGUCGCUCUCCGUCGUGCCAACACUCUGUAUCCCAAUCACCGACUCGGACUCUGAAUCGGACGAUGAUCUUUCUCAGUUUUGCUUUGGCGAGGUCGACUGGGACAAUGCCGACGACUUUGCCGAGAUCCUGGACGUCGCUGUCGAGGACGACUGGGAGUUUGUCGACCGCUAUAUCGAUCUCUAGGUUAAUCUCGCGCUCGUGGUUGCCUGAUUGGCCCGCUCGACUCUUUCACGUCCAUCACCCUCUCUCCAUCAUUCCGCUAUCCCAAGGCAUGGCUUGGGGACGGCCAGCGGAUGCAUUGACUGCGUCGCUUCCGCCUCAUAUCCAUAAGCUUCAAUUUUGGCAGUUUUGUAGUAUUUUGAAAGCCCAAGGGGCACGUUUUUGAAUUGCUUGGCUCAGCCAACCUGCCCUCGAGGCGACAAAUCUAAAGUAACUUGAAACCGUG